UACAAAUGCCUAUAACCCCAUCUUUGGCAUUAUUGAGCUAAAUAAUGGGAGUAGGAUUUUCCUUCUAAAAUAUCCAUCAAGUAAAUUAUUGGGAUGAGCCUACACAUAUUGGAGAUCAAUAAUGUGAUUUAAUAAGUUGACUUGUUCUAAAUAAAUUAGGAUGAGUACAAAAAGGCAUCUUUGACAAAAGAUAAAACAAUAGGACCCAUCUUCCUAAUUUUGGAAGUAUUGGUAGAUGUUUUGGACCCCAAAUUGAUUGGGAUCACUUGGGGAGCACCCCACACCUUCUUGGCACCUGCAAAAUAAAGAGAAUGAGUUAAAAACCUUGGUUGGGGCGGACAAAAGGAGAGGGAGGCUGAACAUGACAUGUUUGUGAACCAAAUGGACCCUCUCCCCAUUUUUUUGAUUAAGGUAUCUUGCUCAAUCAUCCCACAUGCCAACCCACUCCUAUCCUUUGACUUUUGAGGCUAAGUUAAGGACAAGAUAACACUUCCCCAGCUCCCAUUCGAACUCCCCAAGAUAAGAGGGAAGAAGAGAGCCACACAACCUAAAAGAGCAAGGAGAAAGCAAACUGCCCGCAGGUUUUUCCUCCAGUGCAAGGGUUACUUGUUUGCUUCAUAUCUCGAGUUAUACACAUCCAAAUAAGGCGUACGAGAUACCAACAGAAAGCUCUCAAGACGAGGAAUCCGUGAAGGUCUGGUUUGCAUCAAUCGGAGUAGUGGAAGGCUUCCAAAUUGACCGAGCAAAACACGACCUCGCAGGAAACGUUUUUGUAUUCAAAGAAUCGAGUUAGCCGGAAAACACCCGUUCUAGGGGCUAUUUUCGUAUCAACAAUUCGGGGUUGAAAUAGCAACUUGAGGAGGCUGUUUAGCACCCAUUUUCAAGCAAUGAACUAGUUCCCAAUCUUCCUUGGCCGAGGCUUUGGUCAUUGGAUCGAGAAGGGAGGUUUUAAAGCUCAUUUGAGGUGAGGAUCGACAUCUAGUUGCUUACAACUUGUAGGUUAAGCAUAAGAUUACCUAAAUGCCAAAAUAAUGUUUUCCAUGGAUUAUGAUGAUAAUUUAUUGAUGGAAUAUUGAUCUAUUUUCCAAAGAAUGAAAUGGGAAAUGAUUUGGUAAAGUAUUGAUAGAAAUGGAGUUAAAUGAACUAUUGUGUGAAAUAGGCAUUUUACUCAUGUGUGAAUUGUGUAGAUACAUAAAUGAUUAUUUAUGUAUUACAUUGAAUGAUUAAGUUGCUACUACAUAUCUCUAAAUAUGUAGGGUUUUACAAAUGGAAUAUAUGAUGGAUACGAAUAACCUUAAUAGUAUUGAAAUACUAGUUAAUGAUUGUGGUAAUUGUUAAGGGAAUUGAAUCUAAGGAUUUCAUUAUAAUUGAUGUGCUUGAUUGUGAUGCAAGUGACAAAUUUGAUGUAAUGUGAUGCUAAGACCAUGGUUGGGCAGUCCGUAGGGAUGUCCCAAAAUAGAUUAUUGAUAUUACAAUUCUAGGCAUAGUGAGUGCUUAGGAAUUGGGGUCUAUGCCAAUGUAAGGAGAUGUACUUGAGCCCGUGCUCAUAGAAUUGCAUUGGGUAGACAUGAUGAGGUGAUUGUUGUGCAUGGUGAUGUAGUUGAGUUGGACUCAAGAAAUGCACGGUGGAGUAGUUAGCUUAUGUUAAUUAAGGUGCAUGGUGAUGUAGUCGAGUUGGACUCGAGAAAUGCACGGUGGAGUAGUUAGCUUAUGUUAAUUAAGGUGCAUGGUGAUGUAGUCGAGUUGGACUCGAGAAUGCAAACAUAUGUGUUAGGGUUGAACCCUAUGUAUUGUUGUGACUAGGGGUCACGGGAUUUUGGGGUAUGUUUGAUAAACAAACCUUGGGCCUACGGGCCGACUACUUGACUUUAUAUAUAAAGUAAGUAUAUUUUAAAAAGGGGUAACUUGGGGUUACGGCCUAGAUUAUACUAUCACCCUAUUUGAGGGUCUUGUGUUUGAAAUACUUGUUGUAUAUCUAUUAGAUGCCAUCCACACCAGCACUUUAUAGCCCUAUAGAGUGCUGACCCCUUCGGGGGCGUCCCACCACCAUUUUUCAGGUUGAGGCUAGAGCUUGCUUCCUGUGCUCGUUGCUCGAGAGAUCAUCUAGGAGCGAAGACUUGGUUCGUGCUUCCUCCAUUCGGAUUUUAAACAUUAAUAAACAUGCUCAUGGAUAUUUUACUAUGGAGCCUGCGUGCUCAUGAAUAGCCCGGUGUGGCCUUUUUGUUUUAAACAAUGUUUUCCGCUGCAUUAUGAAUUACUUAUUAUGUUUGUUUAUGGAUGGCUUACGUGUGAAUGAUAUUCGAGACGCCUUGUAUAAUAUGAAUGUGUUGGACUGCGGUUGACUAUUCGUAUUGUACGGCGGGUUGUUGACGUGUCCGGGGAGGUCCGGGGCGUGACAAGCCCUGCAUUAGUGAUCCGGGCCAUUUAUUGAAAGGGAACUGUUCGCUCCAGAAGUGGUCCGCCAGAUGAGAGGUGUGAGCGAUCGGGCUGCCCCAAUCUAAACCGGGCAAGAGGAAUUCCUCAUGCCUGGGCAUCUGAUUUCCGUUGCUUGGAGCCUUGGACUGAGGAGAUACUUUGGCCGGAGGAGAGGGAGAUUUUCCGGCCUCAGGUGGCUCAAUGGACUGAGAUGUCAUCACUGUGGCCGAGGUGUCGUGGACAGAGGUGGGUCCACCUACAUUAAUUUUCUUUUGACUGAAUUUGACCAAGAGGUUAGCUGCUUGGAACGAGGUGAAACUCCAGUUAAGGGUGUACUCUCCUCACCGAGGUGAGGGUCUCCUUUAACCGAUAGAUACAUCAGCCGAUGCUCCUGUCUGAUUUUUUGACCGAGGUGGGGGUCUUCCACCCUGAUGCAGCAAGAGGCUUCUCUCAGUCGAUGUGCUCCAGGAGUCCUUACUUUCAAUGUGUUGUUUCGUUUGACCGAGGUGGUGCCUAGCUGAGAUGAUGCUGGAUUGCUGGUGUGCUCCUUCCUGGCUCCAGGCCUCCAGGCCUCCAGUGUAGGGAGUUUCCACCUUCUUUCUUGGAAGUUGCCAAGAGGCAUCUCACACCUUCUUGGAGGUCUCCAACAAAUAAAGAUGGGAGAAGAUAUGGAGAUAACUAUGGAAGCAUGGAUGCAACUUCCUCUUGUCUCCAAAGUAGCCUAUAAAUAGAGUGUUCUAUUGUUGUUCAUAUCAUCAGUUUAGAAAGUGAGAAAAGUGUGUGAAGAGUGAAAUACACUUAGAGUAGAAGUGUAUUGGUGAGGAUUGGUUUUUUGUAAUAGUUGAGUGUGAGAGUUUGCUCCUCCUAUUGUAAUUCUGUUCUUGAUAUUGAAUAGAAGAAUUUUCCAAUCCCAACAAGUGGUAUCAGAGAGAGGUUGAGUUUUCAUACACUGUUUUCUCAUUUUCAGAUAAAUUUCUACAGGUUAGAAAAUCGUGAUUUUUCAAGUUGCUCGGAAUCACGAUCUGAUCAUACCGUUAGAUUCGUCUCGUCGAGACGAAAAAUCUGGUAUUUUUGGGGAAUUUUUUGGCCACCGGAAGAGGCCGAACGCACCGCCCAAACGCGCCGGAAAACUGCCUGCGUCAUCAUUGCGUCAUCACGCAGUCCAGAGGAAGAAGACGAGCCACGUCAGCGCCACGUCAGCCGCCACGUCAGCGCCACGUCAGUCCACGUAAGCGCCACGUCAUCCGCCACGUCAUCCGUGCAAGCCAUCCUCUGGGUGCCACGUCAGCGCCACGUCAGUGACACGUGGCGCCACAUCAGCGCCAGCGCAGUCCAGCUGUUGCCACGUCAUCCGCCUGCUGGUCUGCCCACUGGUUUGUUGCUUGAACCGGACCGAACCGGUUCGAAGUUGUGGAGGCCGGUUCACCUAUUUCCAGACCGGUUUUGGACGAGGUCAGACCGGUUCCUACCAUUUUCGGCCAUUCCGGAUCCAACGGUGAGCUCCGUUUGUCCAAAUUCGGCUCCAAAAAUAAGGUACGAGAUAUUUUGAGCGUUUUAUUAUGGAUAAAUCAUCAUCGGACACCAUGAUUGCGCUCACUUCCACAAAUUACAAUAUGUGGAAGCCUCGGAUGGAGGAUUUGCUAAAUUUGAGGGAUUUAGCCGAUCCUCUUGAUAAUAAUGGCGUGAAACCGGAUAAAAAGACGGAUGAAGAAUGGACAAAAAUGAAUAGAAAAACUGUCGCACAAAUUCGACAGUGGAUAGAUCAUAGUGUGUUCCACCAUGUUGCGCAAGAACAAAGUGCUUACACACUAUGGGAGAAGCUUGGUAGCAUGUAUCAAGCAAAAACCGCCCGAAAUAAGACGUUACUAAUGAGGAGAUUAGUAAACCACAAGUUACGAGGAGGUAUUUCGGUGUCAGAACACACCAGUCAAUUCCAGGAUCUUGUGAAUCAGUUGAGCACCACAGGAUGGGUUCUCAAAGAUGAAGAGCAGGCGAUACUACUCUUGAGCUCUCUACCUGACAGCUGGGAGACUCUUGUUGUCACUCUCAGCAAUUCUGCCCCCAAUGGCAAAGUGACUAUGCAGAUGGUCACAGAUGCCCUUAUGAACGAAGAAGCCCGAAGAAAAGAAGCCGGGACUGAACAAUCAUAUGCCUUCGUGUCAGAAACCAACAGACGAGGGGGAGGCAGAAAUGGAGGAAGAAGUCGAGGUCGAGGUAGAGGCCAAGGUCAAAACAGAGGAAAUUCUCAAGUUCGCGGCCGAUCACAAGAACGAGGUAUGUCCUGUGAAAACAAUACUUGGUUUGAAGGAUAUUGCAACUAUUGUGGUAAUUAUGGGCAUAGAAAAAGAGAUUGUAGAAAGUUUCUACGAGAACAGCCACAAACGAGUCAAAAUACUAGCCAAGAAGAUGGUGAGGCCAUGGUUAGUUUGUCAUCAGACGUGUGUCUUGUUACACAUGGUGAACAAGAAUGUUUACACGUAGGUACUCAUGAAGUUGAGUGGGUGAUUGAUACAGCCGCAUCAUUUCACACUACUCCACACCAGAACUUAUUCACAUCUUAUAAGUCAGGAGACUUUGGAGCUGUGAAGAUGGGAAACACGAGUUUCUCGAAGAUUGUUGGCAUUGGUGAUGUGCACAUAACAACCAAUGUCGGAUGCGCACUUGUGUUGAAAGAUGUUCGACAUGUUCCGGAUCUUAGAUUGAAUCUCAUCUCCGGUACAGCUCUGGAUCAGCAAGGAUAUCUUAACCGAUUCAAAGAAGGUAUGUGGAAGUUAUCUAAAGGUUCAUUGGUUGUUGCAAGAGGCCAUAUUUGUGGUACUCUUUAUAAAACUCAUGCAAAGUUAUGUCAUCCGAGUCUCAAUGCUAUUGAAGAAGAGAUAUCACCAAACUUGUGGCACCGGAGGCUAGGCCACUUGAGCGUGAAGGGAUUGACAACUCUUGCAAAGAAGGAAGUCAUUUCCAUGGGCAAAGGUGUUGCCCUAGAUCCAUGCGAGCACUGUCUAUUCGGGAAACAACACAAGAUUUCCUUCAGUUCUACCAGGAAGAACCAUUUAGAGUUACUCAGUCUUGUACACUCUGAUGUAUGCGGACCCAUUGAAGAGGAGUCACUUGGAGGAAGCAGGUAUUUCGUGACAUUCAUUGAUGAUGCAUCACGAAAGGUAUGGGCUUAUUGUUUGAAGAGUAAGGAUCAAGUGUUUGAUCGCUUCAAAUUAUUUCAUGCCAUGGUAGAAAGAGAAACAGGGAAGAAGUUGAAGUGUCUACGUUCAGACAAUGGAGGAGAGUACACUUCCCGAGAGUUCUCAGCAUAUUGCGCUGCAUACGGAAUCCGGCAUGAGAAGACGGUUCCACGAACUCCGCAACACAAUGGUGCAGCCGAAAGAAUGAAUCGGACCAUUAUGGAGAAAGUUCGUUGCAUGCUAAGUAUGGCUAAACUACCUAAGCCAUUCUGGGGUGAAGCUGUGCUGACAGCUUGUUAUCUUAUAAACAGGUCACCUUCUGUUCCUUUAAACUUUGAAGUGCCAGAGAAGAAAUGGUCAAGAAGAGAUGUUUCUUACUCUCACUUGAAAGUGUUCGGGUGCAAGGCAUUUGCACAUGUGUCCAAGGAGUUGAGACAGAAGUUUGAUCUCAAGUCAAACCCAUGCAUCUUCAUCGGGUAUGGUGAUGAAGAAUUCGGAUACCGGUUGUGGGAUCCCGAAUUGAAGAAAGUUGUACGAAGCAGAGAUGUUGUAUUUCAUGAAAACGAGUUUCAUGGGCGUGUUCCAAUAAUCCGCCAACAACAUACUCCAGAAGACGAAGUGUCUGUAUCAUCAAACAUUCCUCUCAGCGACGAGGAGAUGCAUGAUACUACUGAACAAGAGAGUGAUGGUUCAGUAGGUGAUGAUGAUACUCACAGUGAUGAUAUUCCUCAGCAGGGGGAGCCUUCAUCUGAAGACGAAGCUGAGGGUACUCAUGUUCGACGUUCUAUGCGAGGCAUAAUUCCACAGAGAAAGUAUUCCACGUCCGAAUGGAUACUUGUUGCCAGCGAGGGGGAGCCAACGAGCAUCGCAGGUACGAGAGAAAUAAAGAAAAAGGUGGAGGGGGAGAUUUGUAGGGAGUUUCCACCUUCUUUCUUGGAAGUUGCCAAGAGGCAUCUCACACCUUCUUGGAAGGAGGUCUCCAACAAAUAAAGAUGGGAGAAGAUAUGGAGAUAACUAUGGAAGCAUGGAUGCAACUUCCUCUUGUCUCCAAAGUAGCCUAUAAAUAGAGUGUUCUAUUGUUGUUCAUAUCAUCAGUUUAGAAAGUGAGAAAAGUGUGUGAAGAGUGAAAUACACUUAGAGUAGAAGUGUAUUGGUGAGGAUUGGUUUUUUGUAAUAGUUGAGUGUGAGAGUUUGCUCCUCCUAUUGUAAU